AGGAGUAUUUUUAAAUUAAAAAUAAAAACAUUUACUUGCACAAUGGAGCACACCGAUACUGCGCUGCCCAUAAAUUCUAAUCUCAAGUGCCAUGUGUGCGGAGAAAAUGAAUUUGAAGAACGCGAAGGUUUUUACUACUGUCAAGAAUGCGGCACAAAACAGGAACAAGUGCGUCUUGUGGAGGUUGACCAAGAAGAUGAAUUUAACCAAGAGAAAUUAAGAACAAAGAAACAAAAAAUUAAUGUGGCAAAAGCGGAAAAACCCCAACUAACUUCAUGGGAAUGUUAUAAUUAUAUUUUGCGUGGUUUCGUCGAGGAUCUACUGUCUUUUGGAGCGAAAGAAGAACUUAAACUGAUGACUCUACAAGUAUGGGCAGCAUAUUUAAGGCGCAUGGAGGUGGCCUUUUUCAAUCGUAAACAACUAGAUUUACCCAAAUUAGGUAUAAAAUAUCUGCAAAAUGAUGCUGUCACUAUCUACAAUCACUCAAAGGAAGCCCGUAAAAGACGUCAUCGAAGGCGUAGCGAAGAUGCUAGUUGUACUAGUGGUGGUGAAUCCAGAAGUGCUAGAGAUUGGCGUAAAAACAAACGCAAAUUAGACGAAUCAAAUUAUUCUCUGACAUCUGCCACCUCUGGAGGUUCCGGUUUUACAUCAUCGACUUCCGCAAAUUCAAAUAGAGCCAUUAAAAUUGGCUUUAAUGUAAAAGCAAGAUCAUUCUUUAAAAGAAAAAUGCCCAUAAAACAUUUAGAAAAACAUGCUGCAGAUGCUGAAGGCAACCUGACAUGUCAUAAGCAACCGAAUGCUCGAGAAAUCAACCGUACCGAUUAUAGCCUAAUGUUAGUGAACACCAAACAGAUCUAUGCUGUCUUAGCUAUCGCUUUAAAUUUAAUAGACGAUGAAAUACAACUUAGCGAUUUGGUGCGUUUUAUACAUGAGGGUCAUAUCGGUACCACAAAUGUUUUGCAAUAUUUUCCGGAAAAUAUUGCCAACAAUGGCAAAGAAAUGUUAAGAAAAAUAAAUUUCUAUAAAUGUCCCGAUAAAUAUUCCGACAAGGCUCUAAGAGAGCACGUUAGCAUUAUUUGUAAAAAUAUUGGCGUACAAAGACCCAAGAAACCCGAUAUAAUUAAACUAGUACGAAGAUAUGUUACGGAAUUGUGUUUACCUACUGAUAUGGGUGAUUAUAUUGAGAGAUUAGUCAACUUGCUGCCUCCGCAAUUUGCAGUUCGUACUAUUGGAUAUUAUCCGGGAUUUGAAGCCAGAGCUAUGGCUUAUAUUAUAUUCACCUUAAAGCUAUUAUUUGGCUUGGAUGGUGACAGGGAGCAUCGUAUGUCACAUUCCGCACAGAAACUCAAUUCAAAAAUUGAGGAAUUGAAUCGCCAAAAAGGUGAAAAACAACCACUACUUUUUGUUUGGAAGGAAUGGGUGGAAUAUAUUGAAAUGCGCAAGGUUAUCGUCUCUCAGUUUAAUUCUUCAUUUUGUGAACAAUUUAAACAGUGUCAAAGCACAAGCCAGCUACUAGAACAAAUGGCCGAAGAGAUGCGCCAAUCUGAAGAUAGAGAGAAUUUGCUUAAUGACACAAACGAUAAUCUUAAUGUUAAACAAAAACUUAAGAACUUUAGGUCACUGUUCGAACGAUUUCAAGAAACCUACAAACUCUCUGAGAACAACAAGAAGCCGGUCCAAGUUAUCGAGUUUAAACCCUCGUUUACACCGGCUCUUUCAUACAUGAAAAAUAUUUUCCUAAUAUGCGACAAUGAGACGAGUACAAAUUCGCCUAUUAACUUUAAAAUUCCAGAUUUUAUGCGCACAGAUCAUGCUGAGCGUAAUAUUAACUCGUAUUUGCAAGUUAAACCCUUUAUUGAAUACUUUAAGCGCCACCAACUGAAACUGAAUGUACAUACUUUAGCUGCGAAUAAGAAUCAGAUACAUGUUGGCAUAUUUCGUGCACCACGUGCAACAUUUGGAUCAACUGUGAAAGUAGAAAAGGCCUGUUUUGAUAUAACCGAAGAGGAAUGGGCAGAACGUAUUAUAGCCGAUGUUCCUCAACGCACGGAUGAUUUGGGAUUUAAAACUGAUUUGAAAUCCUAUACCGAUUCCUAUUAUUGUAAACAAAAGCGUGAAGCGAAAAAACAUGAAUGUUUCAAUCCAUACAUGAAUUAUGAUUUAACUCAGAUAUUAGAUGAUACGGACGAGGAUGGCGAAAAUGAGAACAUGCCAAAUAGAAAUUUAGCAAAUUUAUCAAAUUUAAGUGAAAAAGCCAAUAACGAUGACCUACAAUCAAUGCAUUCGUUUGAAUUAUUCAGUGAAAAUAAUAUGGAACCUAUCGAUAACCAACCCUUUAUAACAAAGCCUAGACGAAAUUUAGAAAACAUUGAUUUAUUUGAAAACAUAAGUGAUGAAGAAUCGGUAUUAAAUGAAGAUGAUGAUGGCGAUGAAAACAAACCAGACGAUUUAGUUUCAUCAUCACAGGAAUUUCAGACACUAUCACCCGAAUCAAGAUCUACGACACCACCUAUUUUAGAGGAAUUUAUUAAAUUAGAACCAGUUUCUCCCAAUCACUCUGCUGAAAAAGGCAAUAGUAGUAAAAGGAAAGGUAAUAAUACUCUAAAAUUUCACAUUUCCAACAUGGACUGUUGGAUGAUGUUCGGAAAUCUUUUAAUGUUGACAAAAGCGCAAAAAUCGCAACUUCAAGAUAAAUUUCCUCGCUCCUUUAACUGGCUGCUAGAAACAUGUGCCCAAACUAUUAAUGUUGAAUGGUCGGCGGUGUACGAACAACUGCAAUGUAUAGAACUAAUGUUUUGUUUAGGUAUCAAUGAUCCCAAAACGAUUAAAAAUUGUGUGUAUAUCAACUCUCAAAAUUCUAUCAAGGAUAUUCAAACGAUUAUAAAUACAUAUAGGGAAAUAUGGUAAAACAAACUUUAGUCGCUCAUUUUAAUAAAUAAAACCACGUACAUUAGAGCGACUCACUUCGUAUGGAGAUGAAAAAAUUGGAUUUGUUACCCCCAUCAAAAUAAACCUUGGUUAUGCGGUAAUAAACGUUUUCUUAAGUUUUUUUUCCAAAUAUGUAAUUAGAAUUACUUUGAAAAAUAUACACAUUUGGGGUCUACUAUUUGGUCAUAGUGUGAUAAUGUCCUAAUAUAUUAUGAUAGUUUAAACAAAUUUCUGUUGUGUUUCAAACAAAAAAGUUCUAAACUAAUAAGACUAUUUGAACUAUGUUUAUUGUGUUCUCAUAAAAUAAUAGUUUUUUGUUUAAAACACAACAACAACUACUAUAAUAUAUUAGGACAUUAUGACAAUAUGACUAGUAGCAGACCGUGUGAAUACUAAAAUUUUCAAAAAAUCUUUGAAAAAUCAUACAUAUUGACGAAUUUCCAAAUAUUGAGGACCAGGCUCUACAUAACGUAUAUUCCGUUGGAUGGAACAUGGGAGAAAAUGUAAAUAUUUGCAAAAAACCGAAAAAAAAACUCUUUUAAAAUGGACCAACUCACGAACUAGACGCAAAAUAUUUUGGAAAACAUCAUAAGGUUUUGAGGAGGGUAACUUUAGCACUUUUUUUUGUCCGUCGGUCUACUGAACUAUACUACAAAACAUUUAUAAAGAAUGUCCUUCAACACAACUGUAUAAUAGAUUUAAUGUAUAUGUACAUAUAUAUGUAUAAUGAACUCAUUAACUUCACGCACUCAUUCAGUCAGUCUGUCAUUGUCUUGUUGAACUAUUUCAAUGUAAGUACAUUAUAUGUAGUGCACAAAAUACAAGUUGGAGCCUGUUGCUUUUGUGCACAACCUACACGAAAAGACAUGAGGCUAGUUUCAUACUUUUAACAAAUGUUUAAAUUUGUGAUCAUAAUUUUUGAAAUUUGUAUUUUCUUUUUAAAUGUGUACAUAACUGAAUAAACAUUUUUAUACCAAUAAA